AUGGUGCGCUAUUCGUGUGUUUUUCUUUUGUCCUUUUUGGGGGCGCUUAUCACUUUAGUUGGGCAUGACUACUGGGGGUUCUUCUUCCCAGUUGCCAAGUGCAACAUCCGUGUGCUCAACAACGGAAAGGGGGGGCACAAGACGAGUGGCAAGCACAUGCAUCACCACCUAGGCGUGAGCAACCCGACGGAGGUGGGACAAUUGAGUGCAGUUGAGAAGGGGGGCAUGCAGAGCAACAACCAAAUGGAAGACACGUCGGAGGACGAACUGGACUAUGAAGAGGAAGACGAACUGGACAGCGGACAGGAAGAAGCAAUGUCUAGAUGGAGCUCCCGAGGGGUAGGAGUCCUGAGUGAUGUUUCACCACACAAUGCGGGCAAACCAUUUGAGGAUGACAUGGACGAAGACGACAACCAAAGUGAGGAGCCCCCCUCAAAUAAUUACACCUUUUUCGAAGCGACCAAUGAUAGGGAGAUAAAGAAGGUGGACUCCUUGUCUCAGCCAGGCCAGCAGAAGCUACUGCAGCAAAAUUUCAAUUGGGUUAAGAUGCCCAACAUAGGAAUUUCCUGCAGAGAAACAGGAUGCCCCAAAACGUAUCAAAUGUGCCUCCCCUUCUAUUACGAUAAAGCAAAUUUUGAAGGAAAACGGCUCAUUGAAUUUAUGGUUGAUGCUAACCAUUCAAGAAUAAAAGGGUUGAAAUUUGACAACGAAAAUAUUAUAGACGAUAAGAGAGAUUACCUGCUCACUUAUUCUUGCGUUUGCAAAAAGUACACUGCGGAUGGGUCGUGUGACGAAUCGGUGGAAUAA